AUGGAGGAAAUACUGCGAAAGCUUCAGAGGGAGGCGUCUGGAGGUAAAUACAGACCAAUUCGAGAUGCCUGUGUUUUGGCCUAUGAAACCUUUGAAACAGAGAGUGGCUCUGUCAAGAUUUCUCCAUCUAAACUCAGGGAGAGAUGCCUGUUCCCUCUUCAACUUGCUCUGGAGUCCAAAAACAUCAAACUGGCCCAGAUGGCACUCACAGGAAUGCAGAAAAUGCUGUGUGAGGAUUGCUUUGUUUCUAUGGAAACAGAAGAGCCAGAAGUGCAGCUGCUGAGUCAGAUGCUGAUGGCAUUACGGGUGACACCUGCCCUCCACGAGGACCUGCAGGUGGAGGUCAUGAAGGUUUUGCUGUGCAUCACCUACUCUUCCACCUUCAGGAUCAAUGGCGAGAAUAUUCUGCGAAUUGCUGAGCUGUGCAUUCAGACGUAUGUGUCCAGCUGUCACCAGCGCAGCACAAACACGGCUGUGAGGGCCACACUGAGCCAGAUACUGGGUGACCUUACUCUCCAACUGCACCACAGACAGGAAAACCCGGUCAAUGGUGAUGUCUGCUCUGUGUUUGUAGAUAUCUCUCCGUCUGCUGAGGCCCUGUCUGAUGAGGUCAUCGCUGUGCUGACUGUUUUCUGCAAUAAACUGGAAGCUGCAAAUAAUGAGAAUCAGCUGCUCCAGUUGCUUUACCUGGAGUGUAUCCUGUCUAUGCUGAGCAGCUGUCCUCCAGCCAUGCACCUGCACACUGGCUUCACAGACCUGAUCUGGAAGAAGUUGUGUCCAACACUGGUGGUGAUUAUGGGAAAUCCCAUGAACGAUAAGACUAUUAGCUCCACCCACGGAGGGGCGGUCCAGGAGCCGGACAGCGCUUUAGUCUCAGGGGUAUUGGAUCAGGGCAGAGGCUCCGGCUGCUCCUCCAGCGCUCCGGCCAUGAUCGGACCGGUUAUCCGCACCAUCUGCUAUGUGGCAGCUGAUCUGGUGCGUCUGGUGGGUUGCAUGGAGUCCAUGAAGCCUGUCCUGCAGUCUCUAUACCAUCGCAUUCUGCUCUACCCACCUCCACAACACAGGGUGGAGGCCAUCAAAAUCAUGAAGGAGAUCUUGGGAAGCCCCCAGCGCCUCUUUGACCUGGCUGGUCCAUGUUCUGUUGAGCCAGAGUCCAGGAAGAGAUCUUUCUCCAAGAGGAAGUCUCAUCUGGACCUCCUCAAACUGGUCAUGGAUGGCGUGACGGAGGCCUGUGUGAAGGGAGGAAUCGAGGCUUGCUAUUCCUCUGUCUCCUGUGCGUGUGCCUUAUUAGGGUCUCUGGAUGAACUGAGCCAGGGCCGUGGCCUGCAGCCGGACCAGGCCAGAAUGUUGCUGCGGCGAUUGGAUGAGCUCAAGGAAGGAGCGGAGAUUACCCGGGAGUCAGUAGAACUUAACGAGGCAGAUUUCCGUUGGCAACGGCGUGUGCUGUCAGCCGAAAGCGCGGCGUGGGAGCCAGGCAUUAGCGACCGCAGUCCUGACAUUAGCAUCAGUGUGACGACAGACACGGGGCAAACCACACUGGAGGGGGAGGUGGGACAGACCACUCCGGAGGAGUGCGGGGAGGAACCUCGCUUGCCGUCUCCCUCGUCUUGUGGUACAGGGGCGCCUCCGGACCCCCCGCCCUGUGUGAGGGAAACUGGACCAGAAGCUUCUGCGGGGGUCCCCCCGGAUGUCGUCCAGCGUAGCCACGCCCUGGCCUACCCAGACAUCACCAACUUCCUGUCGGUGGAGUCUCGAGCCCGUUCGCACGGCUCACGCUACAGUGAAAGUAACUUCAGCGUGGACGAGCAGGAGCUGUCCCGCACAGAGUUCGACUCCUGCGACCAGUACUCCAUGGCUGCCGAGAAAGACUCCGGCCGCUCGGACGUGUCCGACGUCGGCUCUGACAACUGCUCGUUGGCCGACGAGGAUCAGACGCCCAGGGAGUGCAUGGGGCACAGGUCUCUGCGCACUGCCGCACUGUCUCUCAAACUGCUGAGGAAUCAGGAGGCAGACCAGCAGAGCGCACGGUUCUUUGUCCAGUCUCUGGCCAGUCUGGUCCCACGCCUGCUGGGAAUGGCCAGCCCCACAGAGGUGGACGUCUGCCUUCAGAACUUCUCAUCCUCAUUCUGCUCCGGCAUGCAAGGUGAGUUAGUGCAUUCACCCGGGGUGGAGGGCAGUGAGAAUCUCAGCUGUCAGGCGCUGAUGAAUGCAGACGGUCUCUAUCUGGUCUCAUAUUACGCCCUUCUCCUCAACCUUAAACUGUGCUGCUGGGACUUCUACCACAGAAAACCCAUGCCUCCAGUCAUCAGUCUGAAGGAGUUUGUUCGUCAGAUUCAGAGCAGCGGUGUACUGGUGGUUCUGUCCCAGGCCUGGAUAGAGGAACUGUACAAUCAGGUACUGGAGAGGAACCUGCUAGGAGAGGCCGGGUACUGGGGUUCCCCUGAUGACCACUCUCUGCCCCUUAUCACCAUGCUCACAGACAUCGACGGUCUGGGAAGCAGUGCCAUCGGUGGUCAGCUGAUCAGAAAGGCGUCUACACACUCAUCCUUUAGCUCUGACAAGAUUAACAACGACAUCCUGACAGCAGGGACUGUUUUUGCCCGCUACAUCCUGACUGGCUGCUGGAGGAAUUUGAUUGACACGUUGUCCACGCCCCUGACCGGCCGCAUGGCGGGCAGCUCCAAGGGCCUGGCCUUCAUCUUAGGAGCAGAGGGGAUGAAGGAGCAGAACCAGCGUGAGAGAGACACCAUCUGUCUGAGUCUGGACGGCCUGCGGAAGGCCGCCGCCCUUAGCUGCACGUUAGGUGUUGCAGCCAACUGUGCAUCUGCUCUGGCCCAGAUGGCUGCAGCCUCCUGUGUGCAGGAUGAGAAAGAGGAGAGAGAGAUAAGAGAACCUGGAGACGCCAUCACUCAAGUGAAGCAGCGUGUGGAGCAGCGGCUGGAGCAGAUGGGUCUGUCCCAGGGUGUGCGCCUGCACACGGCUCACGUGCUCUGCAUGGACGCCAUUCUCAACGUUGGCCUGGAGAUGGGCAGCCACAACCAGGACUGCUGGCCCCACGUGUUCAGGGUGGUGGAGUACGUCAGCUCUUUGGAACACAUGCACUUCAGUGAUGGCAGCUCCCAGCCGCCCAUAGCCAUCACCCAGGCCCAGCAGGCUGUGGACCUGGGGCUGGAGUUCAGCGGUGAGCCCAGCACCGCAGACCUGGAGCUGGGUCUGAGUCAGCCUGUCAUCCAGCCCGUCUCCAUCCAGGAGCUGCUGAGGGAGAGCAGCAGGUCCAAAGGCUUUGAGCUGCAGGGAAGCAGCCUGCUGACGGGGACCAGUGCGGCCAAGGCUGUGUGUAUGCUCUCCACACAGGCGGACAGGCUGUUUGAAGAUGCUGCAUGCAAACUCAACCUGGUGGGACUGGUGGGGUUCCUGCACCAGUUGAGAAAGGCCUCCCAGUCCCAGCUGUUUGACUCAGUCACGGAAACGGGAGACUACUCCUUAGCCAUGCCAGGGGAAGCCAAGUCAACACAGGACCGACGCAGUGCCCUACACCUCUUCAGACUGGGCGAAACCAUGCUACGCAUUGCCAAGAAUAAAAGCCAGCCUCUGUUGCACAUGAUGAGAGCCUGGAGUGUUGUGGCCCCUCACCUGGUGGAGGCGGCAUGUCACAAAGAACGGCACGUAUCCCAGAAGGCCGUGUCCUUCAUCCAUGACGUGCUGUUAGAGGUGCUGACCAGUUGGGCUGAGCUCCCGCACUUCCAUGUCAACGAGGCCCUUUUUCGCCCGUUUGAGCACAUUAUGCAGCUGGAGCUGUGUGAUGAGGACGUACAGGAUCAGGUGAUCACAUCCAUCGGGGAGCUGGUGGAGAUGUGUGCACCUCAGAUCCAGUCUGGCUGGAGGCCUCUCUUCAGCGCCCUCAGGACAGUGCACGGAAACAAGAGCGACAUGAAGGACUAUCUGAUGGGGGAAUACUCUAUGGGGAAAUCGCAGGCACCUGUGUUUGAUGUCUUUGAAGCCUUUAUCAACACGGACAACAUUCAGGUGUUUGCCAAUGCAGCGACGGAUUACAUAAUGUGCCUUAUGAAGUUUGUCAAAGGCUUAGGAGAGGGGGAUUAUAAAGAGAUUGGAGAUUGUGUUCAUAUGAGUGGCUACAGCUCCACUGACCUGUGCCUCCCAGCGCUGGAUUAUCUGAGGAGAUGUUCGCAGUUACUUGCAAAUAUCUACAAGAUGCCUUCAAAGCCCGUGUUUCUUGGUGCACGGCUGGCCAGUCUGCCCACACGGGCACAGGAACGCUCAGCGGGCAGUGAUGAGGGCAUGGAAAGUGUUUUGGCCGAAUUUGACGAUGCUACAGGUCUGAUCCAGGUGUGGACCCUGUUGCUGGAGCAGCUGACUGCGGCCGUGUCAAACUGCCCUCGCCAGCACCAGCCGCCCACACUGGAGCUUCUCUUUGAGCUUCUCAGAGACAUCACCAAAGUACCAGGGCCCGGCUUCGCCAUCUUCUCUGUGGUCCAGCUCCUCCUCCCUGUCAUGUCGCUAUGGUUGCAGCGUAGCCAUGGUGACCACUCCUACUGGGAUGUGGCAGCAGCGAAUUUUAAGCAUGCCAUUGGGUUGUCCUGUGAGCUGGUGGUGGAACAUAUCCAAAACUUCAUUCACUCAGAUAUCGGGUAUGAGAGUCUAAUCAACCUGAUGCUGAAGGACCUGCUGAAGCUGCUGGUGGCGUGUGUGGCUGAACCGGCGGAAACCAUCUCCAGAGUGGGCUGUUCCUGCAUCCGGUAUGUGCUGGUGACUGCAGGGCCAGUGUUUACUGAGGAGAUGUGGAGACUGGCAUGUUCCUCCCUGCAGGAGGCCUUCUCCGCCACGCUGGAACCGGUUAAGAACCUGCUGGCGUGUUUCCACAGCGGCUCGGACAGUUUUACAGGUGACGCCUGUGAAGUGAAGGUGGCCGCACCGUCACACUCAGCUUCUGCGGAGGCCGAGUACUGGAGAAUCCGUGCCAUGGCACAGCAGGUUUUUAUGAUGGACACUCAGUGUUCUCCAAAAACACCCAGCAGCAGGGAGGGCUUUGAGCAUGCUCAGUCCUGUGUGCUGAUUAUAGAACUGCCGUCUGAUCAGAAGGCCAACGGCCACACCCAGAAAAGGAUCCCCUUCAGGACCAUUGUGGUCAGUCUACUCUCCCACCAAGUGCUGCUGCAGAACUUGUAUGACAUUUUACUGGAGGAAUUUCGGAGGGGUUCGGGGGGUGGCGAGGGGGAGGACGCAGAGCGUGUCAUGCCCGUGGGGGAGGUCAAGCCCAUGGGUUUCCUUAACUACAUCUCCAUGCAGAACCUUGCUAUCAUCUUCGAUUUACUGUUAGAUUCGUACCGCACGGCACGAGACUUUGACACACGCCCGGGGCUAAAGUACCUCCUCAUGAGGGUGUCUGGUGUGUGUGGAGCUGCCAACCUCUACCGCCAGUCCGCAAUGAGCUUCACCAUUUACUUCCAGGCUCUGCUGUGUGCCAUGCUGAAUAACCAGGAGGGUAUCACAGUGGAGCAGGUGAAAAAGAUCUUGAGUGAGGAAGAGGAAGGUAGCUCAGAUUCAUCACAGCCUUGCUCAUCUGAGGAUGAAGAUAUCUUUGAGGAGACGGCCCAGGUGAGUCCACCGCGGGGCCGGGAGAAGCGGCAGUGGCGUGCGGCUCUCCCGUCUCUCAGCACGCAGCCGGCCAGCGGCAUGGACUGGGCCUGGCUCAUCAAACGGCUGCACAAGCUCUGCAUGGACCUCUGCAACAACUACAUCCAGAUGCAUCUGGACAUGGAGAGCGGCGCGGAUGAGCCGCCCGCCGCCCUGCUCCGGACGGAUCCCCUCUACUUCCUACCCCUCUUCCCCUCCGAAACCUCCACCCCUUCCCCGGGCGGCCCGUCCGCACACGGCACGCCUUUGGAGGACGGGCCGCGCCCGCCGGCCACGGGGAGCCCCUCGGAGGAGGCGCACGGCCCCGGCGCCGACGGCCCGCCCGCGCUCAGAGGAGGCGAGCGGAGGGACCCGGGGCGGAAAAAGGACUGGUGGGAGAGUGCUGGGAACAGGCUGUACACCAUCGCCACCGACAGGACCAUCUCCAAACUCAUGACCCAGUACAAGAAGCGCAAGCAGCAUCAGAGCCAGAGUGGCUUUGGAAAGGAGGCCAAGGCCGGGCAGAAGGGGACAGAGACUGGCUCGCUGAGAGGGCUCGGCUCCCCGGCGCCACAGCGGCCCCAGCAGCUGUUAGAGCAGCAGGGGCCCAUGCGUCACUCCUUCAGCGCAGGGCCGGAGGUGCUGAGACAGGACAAGAGACCACGCUCGGGCUCUACGGCCAGUUCAAACAAUAUAUCGCUCCGGGACUCGGAGGCACAGAUACAGGCGUGGACCAACAUGGUUCUGACCAUACUGAACCAAAUCCAGCUCUUACCCGACCAGACGUUCGUAGCUCUCCAGCCGGCCGUCUUCCCCUGUAUCAGUCAGCUGACCUGUCACGUCACCGACGCCAGGGUCCGACAGGCACUGCGUGAGUGGCUUGGGCGGGUGGGGCGGGUCUAUGACAUCACUCUGUGA